GAAGACGCGACUGAUAACUUGCACUUGCAGAAAAUACAGCAGACUGAGAAGAAGAGAGAGAAAUGGAAAAGAUGAAGACAUCAUCAUAUUCACUCUUACGACGAAUUCUGAAACGAACAACAUCAUCUCAAUAUCAAACUCGAAGAAUGCUAUCUUCUCAUCUCAAUCACGAGGUGCUUGUUGAAGGAAAAUCUUACAGUCGAACUGCUGUUCUUCAUCGUCCUCCAGUUUUAAAUGCUCUCAAUACUUCUAUGGGUGCUAUGCUUCAAAAGUACUACAAAUGUUGGGAAGAUGAUCCUGAUAUCGGUUUUGUGAUGGUGAAGGGGAGUGGCAGAGCAUUUUGUGCUGGUGGAGAUAUUGUUACUCUUUAUCGCCAAAUCAACGAAGGAAAAAUAGAAGACUGUAAAGAAUUUUUUAGGACUCUAUAUACAUUUAUUUACACACUUGGCACAUAUAUGAAGCCACAUGUGGCCCUUCUGAACGGUGUAACAAUGGGUGGUGGAGGAGGUGUCUCAAUUCCUGGGACAUUUCGGGUUGCAACAGACAAAACUGUCUUUGCCACCCCAGAAACUAUGAUUGGUUUUCAUCCUGAUGCUGGAGCCUCUUUCUACCUUUCGCAUUUACCUGGCUACAUUGGAGAAUACUUGGCCCUGACAAGUGAAACACUCAGUGGUGCUGAAAUGCUUGCUUGUGGGCUUGCAACACAUUAUUCACUUAGCGCCAAGCUUCCGCAAAUAGAAGAACAUUUGUACAAUCUUGUCACCGAUGAUUUUUCUGUUAUUGAGAGAUCCCUACAGGAGUUUGCUGACAUUGUAUCACCUGAUAAUAUGAGUGUCCUUUGCAGGCUGAAGACACUCAACAAAUGUUUUGGACAUGACACUGUCGAGGAGAUCAUUGAUUCACUGGAAGAUGAGGCAACCAAAACAGAUCAUGCCUGGUGUGCUUCUACUUUAAAGAGGUUACAUGAAGUAUCCCCAUUGAGCCUGAAGGUUUCCUUGAGAUCAAUACGAGAAGGGAGAUAUCAGACCCUUGACCAAUGCCUGGCUCGUGAGUACCGCAUGUCGCUUCAGGGAGUCUCCGGGAAGAUCUCAAAUGACUUCUUGGAGGGAGUACGGGCAAGAAUGGUGGACAGGGACUUCUUGCCAAAGAUCCUUGAGAGGAUCCGGCCACCCAUCCCUGGAUGUGUGAGCCUGCAUCGGCAAAUAGCUAAAGAUGAAAUGUUUGGAAGCUUAUUUACUAGACAGCAUUGUUUUUUAUUAUCUGCAGUGGGACCCACCGAGCUUGGAUAGAGUCUCUGAGGAUAUGGUAGAUGAAUACUUUUCCCCUCUCAGUGUGUCUGAACCAGAACUAGAGUUACCAAUAAAGCAGCGAGAAGCAUUUUCUUAGUGGCUUUUAAAGGACCGUCAUCAUUCAAAACAUUACACUUUGGGUUAUUAUGCUACUGUAAAUAUACCCAUGGAUUCUUCUCUCCUGAAAAAUAAGGCUGCUGUAGUUAAAGAAAUCAAAAAUUGCGCCGCAGCACAUCUUAGUUGGUAGGAAACUCAUGCUGAAACCUUUUCGCUGAUGAAGGAGGUCGAAGAUGUAUUCCAAACGUUUAACAGUAGAUAUAGGCUAGAAAUUAUGUCAUGAGAUUGUUCGAUUUUUAAAGCAAGUAUUACCCUUUUACUGAAUGUAAUAAGAAUGAUUGCAACUUUGCAUAUAAUAGCAGAGAACUUAUUGCUCA